CGACCGCGGCCCCGGCACCGGCGCCGUCUACCUGGCGCAGGUGCGCGGCCCGCGCCAGGGUCGCCCGGCACGGGUGGUGCUGAAGCAGCGGCGGUUUCCGGAGCUCGGGGAGGCGAAGGACAUGCUGAGCGAGUACGAGGUGCUGAAGCAGCUGCAGCACCCCAAUAUCUCCGUCGUCCAGUGCCUCGGCUACUUCUGGGAGCCAGACACGGCGUCCGCGUACAUCGUCCUGGAGUACGCGGACGGGGGAGACCUGCACACGGAGCUCCAGGAGCGCGCCGCCAGUCAUGUGAGUACCUCGACGAUAACAGGGUGUGGGACAUCUUCUCGGAUGUUCUCCUAG